UGGGCAGUGAGUACUGAGGUGGCACUCGGCACGCCAGUCGGCUGGGCCAGUCCGCGUCGAGCCCGCUAGCGAGACAGACGUGUCAUGGCAGCGUGAUGUCGUUCCGGAGACUCAUCACGGCGCUGCGGUUCGCCAGGGAAGCCUUGCACCGCGGCGCCCCGAUGGCGGACGGGCUCAUUAAAUCCCUGCUCUCACUCAUGGUUAUAUGUUGUAUCGCCGUGUCGUCGCCGCAGACGGCUUCCGCGAAGCCCUUCACCCUGAGCCUGCCGGCGAGCUGGUCGCUUGCCGGACUGGUGGGCAGCAUGUCGAAGCCCGAGGGCGCGGCCGAGCCUGGGGUGAAGCCGUACUCCGGGUGGCGCGUCGCGAACCACACGCUGCGGAUGAUCUACUUCCACGACCAGACGGUGGCCGUGGUGGAACUGGGGGAAGACAAGCUGCUUCUGAGCUGCGAGCUCAUCGAGACCUAUGAUGAGGUCGACACGGCACGUCUCCUGCGGCAGCUCAGCAGCAUCAACCGGCCGCUGGGGGUCUCCUUCUCGCAGAUGAUUCGGCUGAUGGGUCAGUGCCAGCAGGUAGCAACCCUCCCCUACGCGCAGCUGGAUGGUAUGGAGGGGCCAGAGAGCAAACGAGAGACGUGGACAGAGAAGACGGAAGCCAAGGAACACCUGAGGGCAGGCGGAGCUCGAGCUGGUCUGCUGGGCGGGAGUCCACUGUCGUUGCUGCAGGGCAUCAUACCAGGCACGAAAUGGUGUGGAACUGGCGACAUAGCUGCGACCUACCACGACCUGGGCGCCGACCGCCCCCUUGACCGCUGCUGCCGCACUCACGACCUCUGUCCCUCGAAGGUCCGCGCUUUCUCCACACGCUACAACCUCACAAACAACUCUCUCUACAGCAAAUCGCACUGCAAGUGUGACGACAUGCUCUUCGACUGUCUCAAGGCGACCAACACAUCGGCCUCCCACCUCAUGGGACACAUCUAUUUCAACCUAGUUCAGGUUCCUUGUUUGGAGGACCAGCCUUUAGGCAGACGGUUCAGAGACGCUAAGCCCGGCUUCUAGUGUCUAUAAUUCUACAGUAGCAGCAUGAUUUAGAUAAUUGUCCUUAAAACCUUUUUACGGAGAAUUUCAGUUUUUUUUUAUAUUGGCCAAUAUGAGGUUAAUGUAUUAAUCGCAUAUAGUUGCAGCUUAUGCGUAUUUUAUAAUUCGUGCUGUUUCAAUGACGUGGGGAAUUAUUAUAAAAGAGAUAGAUUUUCUUCAAAUGUCCUUGUCUGGACUGGCGUAUCGUGAGGCUCUACUGUAAUGAUACUUUGGUAAAAUAACUCAUCUAUUAAAUAUCUAUUAAAUAUCUAUUAAUAAUAUAUUAAAUAUCUGGACGCAGUUUGUUAGCAUGUAAAAGCAGGAGCUAUAUGAAAAGCCCUGAAUUAUUAGUUUAAAACACAUGUAUUAUAUUCUCAAAAGUUUCAAAUAGCGACGAUGGAAAACAAUUCUACUAUUUCAUUCAUUAAUUGCAUUAAAUGCCUGUAAUAAAUUGUCAACCUAAAUAGCUAAAUGUAAAUAUUUAGAAUCUAAAUAAUUGUAUCGUAACUAUUAAUAUGUAUAUUUAGUUAUAAAACCUGUGAUAUGUCUGUGCCUUGUACUGUAUGUAUUAUAUAGAUCGCCGCUUAAAAUUAAUACAAUUUUAUUGUAACGAGUUAAAUAUUAGUUUUAAUAUAGCGUUUGUGUUCAUGACUAUGAGGGAACAAUAAACAUUCCAGAAUAAAAUAUAAGUAUUGCUGUACAUCUGUGAAUCCCGGAAAACCGAUAGCAAUAUAUAGUUUGUAGGCGAGAAUUUAAUUAAUUAUAUUAUUUAUUUUAUCACAAAA